CGACGACGACAUCGUCAACAAGACAGCCGAGACCGACAGCCUUGUUGCCCAUCAUCACAACUCAUGCGCAUAUCCCAUCCUUGGCCCCUCCCUGGCCCUAUCAUCCCAUCCCGCCUCCGACGUGCGCCGUCGUGUGUCCAGGCCCGUGGCGGGCGGCGGCGUCCGCAGCCACCACGGCGACGGCGUCCGGCGAUGAUGACAUUUCUUGCACACAAGCUUGGCCUUUGCACCCUGCCCGCCCUGCCUGAGCACAUCCCGCCGCACGCAUGGGUCUCUCCUUUGGUUUGGCGCGCGACUGCCGGCCGACCGACAGGCAGACAGACGGACGGACGAAAACAACUGGGCGUGAAUGGCUGUUACCCUUUUCUAUUUGCUUUCCCUCGUUGCCACCCCCCCAUGUCCGGCGAGACUGAUAAGGCUUCCAGGUGCGGGCCACCAAUUGACGCUCUUAGCUGCGGCUCCCUAUCUGUGCUCCCCACCGCGCCCACGCGACUUUUUUUCGACUAAUGGACCCCUGCCCGAGCGACUUUCGGAGCCGCCUUUCACACCUCUCUCUCUCUCUCUGUGUGUCUCGUCCCGUCUGUCCUGUCCGCACGCGGUCGCGGCGCCAGCAGAGACACCAGGCAGGCACCGGGAGAUGAGGGAGGCACGUAACGUCACGCCUCGCCGCGUUGGCCGCCGAACAACGGUCGGGAUGGGAUGCUGCUGCGUAGUACUACGUAUGCACUAACUUGAUACUAUGCGCUCAUGCAUCGCCCAGCCACGACUCGGAUGCCCGAGUCGCGGAGACGGAGGAGACUUUGGACCCCCCCUUCUCCAUCUCUAGAGCGCCGCCGUCGUCCCUUGUAGGCCGUUUAUAUAAACUCUCGUCCGCGUCUGCCAUAGAGAAACCUUAUCUUUGCCCAUCGAUCGUCCACUCGCCUGCCCUCUCCCUCCUUCUCUCUCUCUCCUCUCCUGCAGUGUCACCUGUUGUUCCCUUACUUUGCUAGGCUGUGCCACCCGUCGACUGUGUCGACGUCUUUGACUCUGUCCCUGAAUAAAACAAGAGCCUCUCCCGCUCGCCCCGAAGCCACCCUUUCCCUCCGCUCUCACCCCCGACAAAUACCCCCCAUGCACAUCAAGCUCCAAGUCGCCGACACCAUGUCGCAACUCCCCGCCGAGCCUGAGUUCCAGCAGGCGUACAAAGAGCUCGCCAGCACCCUCGAGGACAGCACCCUCUUCAAGGAGCACCCCGAGUACCGCACCGCUCUCGAGGUCUGCUCCAUCCCUGAGCGCGUCAUCCAGUUCCGCGUCGUCUGGGAGGACGACAAGGGUCACCUACGCGUCAACCGCGGCUACCGCGUCCAAUUCAACUCGGCCCUGGGCCCUUACAAGGGCGGCCUGCGUCUUCACCCUACCGUCAACCUCUCCAUCCUCAAAUUCCUCGGCUUCGAGCAAAUCUUCAAGAAUGCCCUCACUGGCCUGAACAUGGGCGGUGGCAAGGGUGGCGCCGACUUCGACCCCAAGGGCAAGAGUGACGCCGAGAUCCGUCGCUUCUGCCAGGCUUUCAUGCGUGAGCUCUCUAAGCACAUUGGCGCCGACACCGAUGUCCCGGCUGGCGACAUUGGCGUCUCGGGCCGUGAGAUUGGCUACAUGUUUGGCGCAUACCGCCAGGCUCGCAACCGCUGGGAGGGUGUCCUCACCGGCAAGGGCCUCACCUGGGGCGGCAGCCUGAUUCGACCUGAGGCCACUGGCUACGGUGUCGUCUACUAUGUCGAGCACAUGCUCAAGCACGCUGGCCGCGGCAGCUUCGCCGGCAAGCGCGUCGCCAUCUCGGGAUCCGGCAACGUCGCCCAGUACGCCGCCCUCAAGAUCAUUGAGCUCGGAGGCACCAUCGUCUCUCUGUCCGACUCCAAGGGCUCGCUCGUCGCCGAAAAGGACGCCUUCACCGCCGAGCACAUCGAGAAGAUUGCCGCCCUCAAGGCCGACCGCCGCGCGCUGACCGACUUUGAGCACGUUGGGCAGUACAAGUACAUCGAGGGUGCGCGCCCGUGGAUCCACGUCGGCAAGGUGGACGUUGCCCUACCCUGCGCGACCCAGAACGAGGUCAGCCGCGAGGAGGCGGUGGCGCUGGUCGAGGCGGGUGUUCUCGUCGUGGCCGAGGGCUCCAACAUGGGCUGCACGCAGGACGCCAUUGACAUCUUCGAGGAGCAGCGCCGCCAGAAGGGCAACCAGUCCAUCUGGUACGCCCCCGGCAAGGCGGCCAACUGCGGCGGCGUGGCCGUCUCGGGUCUCGAGAUGGGCCAGAACAGCCAGCGCAUCAACUGGACGGCCGAGGAGGUGGACGAGAAGCUCAAGGGCAUCAUGAAGAACGCCUUCACCGCGGGUCUCGAGACGGCUCAAAAGUAUGUCGAGGCCAAGGACGGCGAGCUGCCCAGCCUCGUCGCCGGCAGCAACAUUGCCGGCUUCGUCAAGGUCGCGCAGGCCAUGCACGACCAGGGCGACUGGUGGGCUUAGACGAAGCAGCUAGACGGCGUUUCGGCUUGAUCAUGACGACGAACUCGGGGUUACGGCGUUGUUUCUUUUGGAGUCGGCUCGGCCACGGGUCUUGACAUGUGCAUUGCGACGAUUUCGGGUUUUGAUGCUGGGAGAGAGACGUUAUAUAGAGGCGUUGUGGCAUGCCAGGACGACGGUGAUUCCCCCGCAGAGUGUGGAUUGCAGAUGCCUGCUGGUCCGCCCGCAUUUUUUGUUACUUUUUUCUUUUCUAAAAGACGGUUCGAUGCUGUGUCUUUGCCGGCACAUGGGUUCGGGCGAUAGAUUGUCCCGCCAUUGAGCAUCAUCACCAAUUGACGAACAUUAUGAUCAUGUUUGUGCAUGGCCUCACAGAGGAGAGCGCGUGAAUAAUGAGACGAGGCGAGGCUGAAGUCGGGGAACAGGCAGUGGCACCGAUGAACGAGCAUGAAGAUGAAGAUGGUUGGACAGCGUGAUCGGAGCCAAACCCGGCUCUCCACUGUCCGGCCCCGCCCGGUUCGGGAAGGAAUAUUCAUUGUCGACCCCCGGUCUGGUUGCCGAAUCGAGACAGAUGGUGCGCCGAGCUUUACUCUGCGUGCAGCAGAGCAAGAAAGGGUUGACAGUACAAUACACUUGUACAUUAAUUUACAGUCUUGUCGGGGUGUGGAAAGCAAUUAGGUGUAGGAUCAUGAGGUUGCCGGAGCAGUCUCGUUGCCCGCGUUUCGGGCACUUGGUACAGUUAACUACGAAGUACCUAUAGUACUUAUUUUCUUACCAAGGUGGUUCGAGCAAAGAAAUUCAUG